AUGGUAGCAGUAGGUGUAGAUGCAGAUGUUAUAGCAGUAGCAGUAGUAGUAGUAGAUAUAGGUGCAAAUGCGAUAUUAGUAGUAGUAGUAGUAGCAGAUAUUGAUGCAGGAGAUAUAGUAGCAGUAGUAGUGGUAAAUGUAGGUGCAGGUGUGAUAUCAGUAGUAGUAGAUGUAGGUGUAAUAUCAGUAGUAGUAGUAGAUGUAGGUACAGAAGAUAUAGUAGUAGCAGAUAUUGGUGCAGUAGCAAUAGUAGUAGCAGAUAUUAGUGCUGUAGCAGUAGUAGUAACAGAUAUUGGUGCAGUGGCAGUAGUAGUAGUAGAUGUAGAUGUGAUAUUAGUAGUAGUGGUAGAUAUAAGUGCAGGAAUGGAUGAAGUUGUAAUAGAAUUAUCAGCUUCAGAGUUCAAUAUAAAAUCAAUGGAGCUAGCUUGUCAAGACAUUUGA